AUGUCCACCGCCCUUUCGAACUUCGAGGCGUUACAUGUGGCCUUCUCGGAGCUAUUCGAAUAUCAGAAGCUCUUGAGCCAGGAGUGCCAUGCCUUGAGGCAUGCCACCUACUUGCAAGACCUCUGGCUCAUAUCGUGCUUGCAAGCUUGGCAAGAAGUUGCGCAAACAGAAGCUGAGAAAGCUGAACACUUGCGGAACUUGCUUCCGUACUGGCAAGCUUGGCGCGACUUCGCGCAGGCAGAAAAGACUGCUCGGCAUGCAGCUUUGCAGACGUUGCUCCGUGAUUCGUUUUGCGGAUGGCACGACUUUGCAGCGACGGAGAAGGCUGCGAGGCAUGCAACUUUGCGCUUGCUGCUUCACUGCCUGCGCAUCUGGCGAGACUUUGCAAAGGCGGAAAAAGCUGAGAGGGUCGUGAAGGGAGAGAAGCUGACAGAAGCUCCGCCCCAGCCGCCUUUGGAGACAGAAGUUGAGGAGACGCCGCCAGAGGACAGUCCGCUGACCACUGCCGUUGCAGAGACGUCCUCAACAUGGACAGAGACGGUCGAAAAAGUGGAGGAGAUCAAGGGAAAGAAAAGAGAAGAGACAGAGGUUCCAUCCAAGGAGGAGGAAUAUUUGUUGAGCUUGCGGUGGAGUGCCAAAGCCUUCCGUCGCCGGACGCGCUUGGCCCUAGCGCGCUUUGCUUGGCUGAAGGCGCAGAAAACACUGCGCUUCCUGCUCAGUUGCACACUUUGGCGAUGGUUUCUCACAGCCAGCCGUCGGCGAUGCCUGGGCGCUCGCAGCGCGCUGCGGCGGCGAUACCAAAGCGUGGCGAAUUGGCACAACAUGGUCGCAGCCUUUCACCGCUGGAGGAGCUUGGGAAAGUCCAAGCGGUACUUGGUGGCGGUCGAUUUGUCAGAUCACUCGCGCUUACGGUAUCAUCUACCCCACCACCACCGUCUUCCUCGUUCAGAGCCCGUCGCGCGCGACGCUCAAAGCCCCUGGCUGCGCUUGUUGCGCCGCGUGGCCUUCAACGGCUGGGCGGAAGCGGCGGUGUCACGGGGCCGAAGGAUGGGGAUCCUGCUGAAGGAUCGCCUGGAGCUGGGCGCCAUCGAUUGGCUUCGCCGCCGCGCGGCAUGCGAUGACCGGUUGGCGAAGAACCUCUACGGGGAGCUCAGGGACGAGACAGUGAAGUUACACUUGGCCAUUGAAGAGUUGGAUGGCAAAGUCAAGGCUUUCGAGUGUCAUCGAGUCCUUCGCGGCUGUUGGCGUCUCUGGCGUCAUGGACGUGCCUGGUGCGACACAGCACUGCUGCCACUGGCCAUGAGGCAUUGGCUUUCUUUGGCCUUGGUUCGCUGGGCGGUUCUGGCGCGCCAGCGACAGCUACCACGCUGGAGCUGCGGGCGGCGGCUGAUGAUGCAAGAAGCCUUAGCAUCCCGAGCUGUUUGGAGCUGCUUCGCAGCAUGGCAUUUGGGCGCCAUGGAGCUUUCAGCGUCCACAGCCCAAGGGCAGCUGCAGCGCUGUGUGAAGGCUCUGGGCGCGUUUGACGUCCACUUGCUGCGGCUUUGUCCGGAGAUCACCGCCACGGGUCUGGCAGCUCUGCAGGUGCAACUGGUGGACUUGAGCAGAUUGCUUCAAGAGAACCUGUCGAAUGUGAAGCUGAAUAUCCCGAGGCCUCAGUUGGGCUUCCCCUCUCGGCGCUGCCGCUAUUGGCGGCUGCUGCUCCACGUGACCUGGACCGUUUGGAGGACGAAGGCGGCCGAGCUGCGCAAGGCCAAGCGUCCCUACGCCACGCCGCUGCUGCGCUUGACCUUCGCUACGUGGCGCCACCGCGCGGCGGCGCUGCGGCGCGCGCGUUUGCUUCUGCGGCGCCGCGCGGUGGCGCGGCAGCUCUGGAGGGAUCAAGGGCAGCUGGAGCGGGAGCUCACCUUCGUGCGGAAGAAGUACAGUUCGCCAUAAGCCCUGGCGCAGAUGUGAGGGUUUAGGGUUUAGGGACAUGCCGCGCUUGCGAGAUCGAGC